AUGGUGCCCCCUGGGAAGAAACCAGCUGGAGAGGCCUCCAACUCCAACAAAAAGUGCAAGCGUUAUUUCAAUGAGCACUGGAAAGAGGAGUUUACCUGGCUGGACUUUGACUAUGAGCGGAAGCUGAUGUUUUGCCUCGAGUGUCGUCAGGCCUUGGUGCGGAACAAGCAUGGCAAAGCUGAGAACGCCUUCACUGUGGGCACCGACAACUUCCAGCGCCAUGCCCUGCUGCGCCACGUGACCUCAGGAGCCCACCAACAGGCUCUGGCUGUUAACCAGGGCCAGCCCGCUUUCGAGGGCCAGGCUGAGGGAGGAGGGGCCUACCCAGGCCUGGCUCCCACACCCACCUCUAGGGGCAUCAAGGUGGAGGCAGAUCCCUCCAAAGUGGCUGUCUUGACCACCGUGUACUGCAUGGCCAAGGAGGACGUGCCUGAUGACCGUUGCUCUGCCCUGCUCGAGCUACAGAGGUUCAACCUGUGCCAGGCACUGCUGGGCACCGAGCACAGCGAUUACUACAGCCCUAGGAGGGUCAGGGAUAUGCAGGUGGCCAUUGCUAGUGUUCUUCACACUGAAGACUGUCAGCGCCUGAAGGCAUCCCCAUAUGUCGGGCUGGUGCUGGACGAAAUCAGGGACUGGCCUGAGUCUCCGAGUUUGGCCCUGUUUGCUACUUCUGUGUCCCCCUGUGAUGGCCAGCCUGCCACCACCUUUCUGGGCAGUGUGGAGCUGCAGGAGGCUGAGGCCACUGCUGGCCAGCUUCUGGACAUCCUGCAAGCCUUUGGUGUGCCCACACCCAACCUAGCCUGGCUGAGCUCUAGCCUCCCCAGUGAUCGCCUGGGGAGCGUGGGCCUGCAGCUCCAGGCAGCCUGCCCGCUGCUCACGGAGCUGCACUGCCUACCAGGGCGGACAGACCCCAAGCCCCCUGCCUACCUGGGUGAAUACGAAAGCGUCCUAGAUGCCCUAUUCCGCCUGUACAGUGGCCCUAGUUCCCACAUGGUCCCUGAGCUCCGGGCGGCACUGGACCUUGCAGCUAUUGACUUGGCAGGGCCGCGGCCAGUGUCCUGGGCCUCCGUAUUGCCUGUCGUGGAUGCAGUGGCUGAGGCCUGGCCUCGCCUGGUACCCACACUGGAGGCUGCAGCCUCAUCCUCACCCACUGCUGGGGCAUUGGCCCUUGCCUUGCGCCAGUUCACCUUCGUGGCCUUCACCCACAUGCUGCUGGACACUCUGCCUUCCGUGCAGAAGCUUGCUCUUGUCUUGCAGCCAGAGGAGCCGGAUUUGGCUUUGCUGCAGCCCCUGGUAAUGGCAGCCACGGCUUCCCUCCAAGCACAGCGCAGCUCAGGUGGGACUCGUCUCCAGGGCUUCCUUCAGGAACUGGUAGCCUCUGGCCUCCACGGGGACGACAGUCGCUGCAUCUACCGUGGAGUGGAGCUGGUCGGCUACUCCGACACCGCUGUCCAGAGCUUCGAGCGGCUGCGGGGAGCUUUCCUCGACUCCAUGAGGACAGGACUGCGGGACUCUUAUCCCGGACCCUCCCUGGACGCUGUGGCCGCCUUCGCUGCCAUUUUUGACCCUCGCCGCUACCCUGAGACGCAGGAAGAGCUGAGAACGCAUGGCGAGGGGGCGCUGCGCGUGCUGCUGAGUGCCUUUGCGCCAGCCGUUGUGCAGCAGCGCGCACUGGGCGACUUUGCGCUCUUCAAGCGCGUAGUGUGCAGUCUGGGCCUGCUAGGGCCGCGUGCGCUGUGCGCUAAGUUGGCAUGCGCGCACUCCGAGCUACACGAGCUCUUCCCUGACUUCGCCGCCCUUGCCGCCCUAGCCUUGGCAUUGCCCGUGGGUGCCGGUCUCCUGGACAAGAUUACCCGCAGUCGGGAGCUCCGGUGGUGGGGGCCAGCCGGGGGCGGGGAAGGCCGCAGUGGCCAUGUGGUGAAGAUCGCCGUGGACGGGCCCCCACUGCACGAGUUUGACUUUGCGCUGGCGGUGGAGUUCCUAGAGACAGGCUCGGCUUCCAGUGCCCCCAGCCCCCUGCUGGCCUCCCUGCCCCUGCCCGCCCGGUCUCUGCAACCCCCGCUGGACUUCAAGCACUUGCUCGCCUUCCACUUCAAUGGCACCACCCCGCUCAGUCUCUUCCCCAACUUCAGUACGAUGGACCCAGUCCAGAAAGCUGUCAUCAGCCAUACGUUUGGGGUCCCCUCCCCUCUGAAGAAGAAGCUCUUCAUUUCCUGUAACAUCUGUCACCUGAGGUUCAACUCAGCGAACCAGGCUGAAGCACAUUAUAAAGGCCACAAACACGCCAGAAAAGUCAAGGCUGUCGAGGCCACCAAGAACAAGCAGAAACCACAAACGCUGGCCCGGGAUGAGGCAGUGGUGUCCCCAACUCUGUCUCCAGCCAGUGGAGCCCCCGGAGAGCAGCAGAGCACAGCUUCUGCAGCCCUGCCAUCUGGUCUCCCACACCAGCCACCACUGAUUCAAGACUCCACGCCCAAGGAACAGGCCCACGCAGACCUCCUGGAUUCUGCCUCCUCUCCCUCUCCUGCCUCCUGCCCGCCUUCGUCCCCAGAGCCUGGGCGAGAGGCACCAGGACCUGAGUCAGCAGCUGUUGCAGCAGGAAGCAAAGUGAACGGGGAGGGCAGGACCCAGACAGGGCGCCUUUACUGCUCCACGUGUAAGGUGACGGUGAACUCUGCCUCUCAGCUUCAGGCUCACAAUACAGGAGCUAAACAUCGGUGGAUGUUGGAAGGCCAGCGAGGGGCUCCCCGCAGGGGCAGAGGCCGCCCGGUGCCCCGAGGAGGGGCUGGACAUAAGGCCAAACGUGUGACUGGGAGCCAGGGGGGUCGACAGGGCUCCAGCCCCCAUUUCCACUGUGCUCUCUGCCAGCUCCAGGUCAACUCAGAAACUCAGCUCAAGCAGCACAUGAGCAGCAGGAGGCACAAAGACCGCCUGGCUGGGAAGCCCCUCAAACCCUCUAGCCAGCACAGCAAGCUGCAGAAGCAAGCAGCGCUGGCUGUGAGUGUCCUCAAGUCAAAACUGGCCUUGCAGAAGCAACUCACCAAGACUCUGGCAGCCCGCUUCCUGCCCAGCCCGCUCCCCACCACGGCUGCCAUCUGUGCCCUGCCAGGGCCCCUGGCUCUACGGCCUACCCCAACAGCGGCCACUACCCUCUUCCCAGCUCCGAUCCUGGGCCCGGCUCUAUUUCGCACCCCUGCCGGAACCAUCCGCCCUGCCACAGGACCCAUUGUCUUUGCCCCCUAUUAG